GGAUUGUCUACUUCAUAAUUAAUACGAUCUCUGCUAUAUCUCAUUGAUCAUCCUAGUUUUAAAGCCAUGUUUAAUGGAUUUAAUGUAAAAGUUAUGGGCCGUAAAUCUGCAAAACACACCAAGACGACUUGAAGGUACAGAUAAGCAAACAAAAAUUCUUGUGCUCGACAGCCCACAUAUGGUCAUCAAAACGUCGUAGUUUCAUGGGGGUGACAUUACAUUGGUUAGAUGACAAUUUGCAAAGGGUUUCUGUUGCUCUCGCUUGUCAAAGAUUCCGUGGGGUUCAUAAUUAUAAAAACAUUGCAAAAAUGUUAGACUACAUUAAUGUAAAGUAUGGAAUAAAAACCAAUCAAAUUAUUGCAACAGUCACAGAUAAUGGCAGUAAUUUCGUCAAGCCUUUUAAGGAGUUUACGUUGCAAGAAUCUUCACCGGCUAUAUUCAUGAGCAAAGUAAGCCAUUCACUUAGCGAUGAUAUCGACGCCGAUGAAGAAUCCGAUGCUGAUGAUGAUAUCAAAAUCAUGGAGAUUCCAGAAUCAGAUUGUGAUUUUGCAACAGGGAUUGAACCUGUAAUUAUGUUACCAAAACAUUUUCGUUGCGCUAGCCAUACUCUAAAUUUGAUCGCGACCACAGAUUGUGCGAAAGCUAUAGCUUCGAAUGUAGGAGUUCGUACCAAGCACAUGCAUGCUAUUGAGAAAUGCCGUAAGCUAUGGACAAAGGCGAGAAGGUCAGGAACCGCCGAAAUUAUAAUGGAAGUUUUGGGUCACACCUUGAGCUACCCUGGCGAAACACGUUGGAACUCGUACUUUGACUCUAUAUCGCGGAUUCUGCAUGAAGACACCAAACCGAAAAUGGCCGCACUUCAUCAAAAGCUGGGGCUUCCUAAUUUCAAAGAUGCUGAGAUACAAUAUUUGGAAGAUUACUGUCAAAUAUUGAAGCCGUUGGCUACAGCUCUCGAUAUACUGCAGGGUGAAAUAAACACUUAUUAUGGCUACUUACUUCCGACUCUGAUAUCUCUUGCAAACCAAUGGGAAAAGAUGAAAGCCGUGUUUCAGGACCCAAGACAUUUCAGUGCAAACUUGAUUUUAAAUGCAUGCUCCCAAGCAUUACGAACGAGGUUCUCCGCCAUGUUUGAGUUGUCCUAAAUUUAAGCUUCGCUGGUUCACUGCACUGAAAAAUCAAAAUCAAUCCAGUAUCACAGCGGAUUCUCUGAAGCAAAUAGUCAUUUCAUCAACAGAACAGCUGAUGGAAGUACUGGAUUCUGGAAACUUUGAUGGAGGUGACAGCGACACUUAGGAUCAGGAUUUGGAGUAUGAUGGGUAUUUCGAUUUCAGUGAACCUAACGAUGUACCUGGACCUAAGGCUUCGUCUUUGUCAUCUCAGAUCCAAACCCAAAGAUCAAGAGAAUCCCAAAAACAGGAUAAAAAAAGUCUAAAAUUGAACUCGAAGUUCUGCAUUAUCUCGAGGACAAGAGGACCAAUCUCUCCAUAUUGGACGACUAC